CGAAUACUCAAGUAGGUGAUCAGCUGUUUGGGACGAUUGAAUCAACCAGCGGUGAAAAUGAGGAAAAACAAAGGGAAAACAAACACAACUGAAAAAGAGUUUGUGUUUGAGUACAAGGCAGGCAGAAAUCACUGUGUCCUCAAAGUGCCCCUUCAGUUUCCUGUUCAAGAAAAUGUCAGUGAUCUUCAUGGGAGACUCAUGCUGCUUCACAAAAUCCCAUGCUUUGUUGAAAAUGAAUUGAAGAGCAGACUUCUGGCCUUCAUUGAGAGAGAGACGUUAGAAGAUUACGACCGGGAAGCUGAAGCAGCACUACAGAGGCUCACUAAUGGAGAAGUUGAUAUCAAUAAACUGGCCAACUCGUGGGCAAAGGCGUACACUGAGACGACAUUGGAGCAUGCCCGGCCCGAAGAGCCUAGCUGGGAUGAGGACUUUGCAGAUGUUUACCAUGAACUGAUCCACUCUCCAGCCUCAGAAACACUGCUCAACCUGGAGCACAACUACUACGUCAGUGUGUCUGAGCUCAUCAGCGAGAGGGACAUGGAGCUGAAGAAACUUCAGGAGAGACAGGCAGUAGAAAUGGACAAAGUCAUGCAGGAGCUGGGAAAGACCUUGACUGACCAUGAUGUCAAUACUGUGGCAGCGCAGCACUUUGAUGCUCAGCAGGUAUUGGAGAACAAGUGGGCCAGUGAGCUGAAGCAGGUGACGGGUAUUCAGAAGCAGGAGUACCAGGAGUGGGUGAUCAAACUGCACCAGGACCUCCACAACCCUAACAACAGCACAAUCAAUGAGGAGAUUAAGGUGCAGUCUGGGCAGCUGGCGGAGGCCGGGGAGAUGGGGGCCAGACUCUUCGAGGAGCAGCGACAGCUGGAGGAGAGCUUCACGAUUCACUUAGGAGCUCAGCUGAAGACCAUGCACAAUCUUCGGCUGGUACGUGCCAACGUGCUGGACUUCUGCAAACAUCGCCGACAUGGCAGUGGUGGCGCUAAGCUUCGGCGGCUGCAGACGGCUCUGUCACUGUACUCGGUUUCUCUCUGUGGCGUUGUCUUGCUCGUCGACAACAGGGUUAAUUCCUACAGCGGCAUUAAGAGAGAUUUUGCCACAGUGUCCAAGGAGUGCACAGAUUUCCAUUUCCCCCGGCUGUCUGAGCAGCUUGAAGUGGUCCAGCAGGUGGUGCUGUAUGCACGGGCCCAGCGCAGCAGUAAGCAGAGGGAACAGCCGGAGAUGCCGAGAAAUGGAAGCAGUGAUGAUAAAAGCAAGAAUUUAGAACGAAACUCUUCAAACAUUCUUCCUGGUGAAUUUUACAUCAGUCGGCAUUCCAACCUGUCAGAGGUUCAUAUAGUCUUCCAUCUGUGUGUGGAUGACAAUGUGCGUUCUGGGAACCUCACGGCCCGAGACCCAGCCAUCAUGGGUUUGCGCAACAUCCUGAAAGUGUGCUGCACACACGAUAUCACCACCAUCACCAUCCCGCUGCUGCUCGUGCACGAUAUGUCCGAGGAGAUGACCAUUCCCUGGUGUCUAAAGCGAGCUGAGCUGGUCUUUAAAUGUGUGAAAGGAUUCAUGAUGGAAAUGGCUUCAUGGGAUGGAGGGAUCUCACGGACUGUCCAGUUCCUCGUCCCACAGAGUAUCUCAGAGGAAAUGUUCUACCAGCUGAGCAACAUGCUGCCUCAGAUCUUCAGAGUCUCCUCCACGCUCACACUGACGUCCAAACGCUGACCAUGCCAAACAUUCAGCUCUGAGAAGAUUCUCUUUGAGCAGCACUUCUUUUUGCCAUACCUCAGAAAGACAGGCGGAGGAUGUCUCAUGAUAUUAAACUGGAGUGCCGGGGUAGGAGUUUUAGGUUGGCAAAUGGUUUACAGUUUACAGUGGUUAAGGCUUGAUAACCAUCAUUGUUCUGUAAUUGUUAUUGUGUCUAAAACAGCUUUUCAACUCCAUCCUUUCAUCCAAGCUCUGUCUAGCAUGUUCCAUCUUCUAUUCUUACAAUAUCUUACUAAAGACCCAAACUGCUCUGAAUGUGUUUGUAUGGGUGGUUGAGAAUGUCAUUUCUGACCAGUGUGGAUUAUAAGAAUAAGUUAUCUUUGAGUAUCCUUCUUGGCCAUGCACAUGCUGAAGGAUUGACAGCAGCAUUGGCCUCUGGAUGCAAAAGCAAGGACCUGGGACCAAAGCUUUGAUCAUCUUGGUUUAUUUGGCUCAUUUUUUUUUAUGUAUAUAUGCAUAGCAUAUAAUUAAGGUAAUGACAUAAAAAGGACCUAUUACCUUAGAUGAAAAGGAAUGGAGAAAAAAAGUGUAUAUAUAUUUGUAUAAACACAGAACAUUCAAAUAAAAAAGCUAGAGGGGCCCAUAUAGAAACACUUUCUAAUGCAACCAUGACUCACUUAGUGCAUCACAAUCAAUAAAUAAACAAGGCGAAAGUCCAACAAACCUCACAAAUAAACUACGUAAUGUAAUGAAUUCCUGCAAGUCAUCAUUACUGUUAGAGAGGACUGAAAUAAUUCUCUCUGCUGUAUAAUAAUGACUGACUCUUUUGUGCUUUUUGGAAAGCAGACUCUGAUUCAUGAUUGAAAUAACUUCCAUGAAUAACUUCAUCAGGGCAGGAACUAGAACUUCGCUGUGGAGGGCCAGAGUCCAGCACGGUUUGGUCAUUUUCCCUGCUCAAACAUACCUGAUUCAACUGGUUGCUUUAUUACCAGGCUUCGUAGACGACCUGGACUUCAGUCUUGGAUGGCUCGCCUGCUUUAGGGGUCUUUUCCUUCCCCCCAAGGAAGGUAAUUAAAAAUAAAAUGUUAAAGCUGUCACUGAAGUGAUGUAGAGUCUGUCAUAAUGAUAUGUCAUUUAAAAAAGCGAGUGUCUGCCCCGAAUUGCAGCACAUGACCUGUCAGGAAUAUGUGAGCCUAUAUGUGAGUCUCUUCGACAGUCAAGCUGAUGUCCAAGCGCUGACCAAACCCCACACACAGCUCUGAGAAGAGGCUCUUUGAGGCAGCAUCUCAAAAAAACAGCAUGCAGGGUGUCCCAUUAUAUUUUGAACUGAAGUACAGUUUUAGGUUCAAAUUUGACAAUAAUCACUUGCAGUUGUUAAGAGACUUUAUGACCAUCAGUAGUGACCGUUUACAUGUUAUUGUGUCUAAAGCAGCUGUUCAAAACUCAAUCCAGCUCUUGUCCACUACAUUUAAUGCUGUAUUCUUACAUGAUCUAACUAGAGACCCGACCUGCUCUGAAUAUGCUUGUAACGGUGGCCAUUGCCGUAUUGAGCUUGAUAGAAUGGAUUAUCUAUGUUUACGUUUCUUUCUUUCUCGAAAAUGAACUCCGCUGUGGAGGGCCAGCACAAUUUGGUCAUUUCCCUGCUCAAUAUUUCGCUAUUCAAUGUGUGAAUGAAUACAUGGGCCUGUCUUUAACACACUAACUCAUAAGCAAAGGGAAAAUAUGACGUUAUGAGCUCAUAUAGUGAGUGACUCUUCAGUAUCACUCUUUGCAAGAAGUGAGCCGUCUUGCACUCACUGUGAUGACAUACAGUUUUUCUGUGUGCUGCAUUGCAGUCAAUCACUCCUGGCACCCUGUGUCACCCCUCUGCCUGUCGACCACCAGAGGGUGCAGUUCUAGUAUGCAGUAACAGUAUCUCUGGAUGGGAAGUCCAGUGUAUCCAGAGUCGCUGAGCUCAAAUGUCAAGUGACACCAACCAUGUGAGAGGUCUAAGUGAUUUACCAUGUGUUUUUAUAAUAUGUGCCAAUUAAAGUCCUCACUCAUUGUAA